GCGAGAGCAGAGCGAAGCCAGCCAGCCUCGCUAGUUGUAUCAUAGAAAGCUUCGUAAAAGCAUGGCCAGUCUCCGUACAAGCUCAAAGACAUGCUCUUCGUCGCUGCCACCGCCAGUUGCUGCUCCAGCGCUCCUCGAUCCUCCAAGCGGCUGUCUGCACCAUCAGUAGUAGUAGUAGUUGUAGUAGCGGCACAGAAGUACCUCGAUCGUUGCUCGAUUCGUGUGCUACGCUCGUGAUCGUUAACAAAAACAACUGCGACAACGGCAACAGCAACAACUGUGAUAUAUACAUAAUUUACACUCGCCGAUUUUCUUUACUUUUUUUCUGUUUUUUUUUCUUGUUUUUCCUUUUGGUUUGAAUUUUUUAUUUUGAACUUUUUUUGGUUGCCGGAGAAAGUAUCGACAUUAGUUUGUAGUGUAUGAACGGAAGAAAAAGUUCUGUGUUAACGUAAGAGAAAAAAAGUAGUAUCGCAAGCUCGACGCGCGUUGUAUAUAUUACGAAGUGGUGUUAUAAACCAAGUACUCGACGCAUGUGGUCAACCACCAGAGUCACCGAAGCCCGGUGAUCUUUUCACUCGAGCUCGACGUCGAAGUAAUAAUCCACCGAGAGACGCUGAGAGAGGAGCAGAGCGAAAAUUAAAAAACGACAAAAGCUGGAAUCACAAACCACCGUCAUCACGGCGUAUAGCGGCAGAAAAGAUCGAGCUCGACUCGGUAUGGAGGGACGAUUCCAGGCCAAUGUCGUCGAAGGGAACGACCAAAUAACCAUGAACAAGAGGCCGGCGAUAUCGCUGAACGUCAACGCAUGGGACGUCUAUCCCCGCCUUGAUCAUUACAGGCUAAGCAGACGAGCGAAGCGUCCAUCAUUGGCGGAAUUGCACGAGGGUAAUCUCUCUCGGGACUUGAACAUCGCGAACGUCGAGUCGGGCUUCGCCGCGGACCAGCUGAGCGGCAGCGGCUACGGCGGCCGAUCGGUGAGCGACUCGGGCCAGCAGUCGGCCAACGGCCAGCCCAGCCACGUGGGCAUCAAGCUCGGCUGGAUCCAGGGCGUGCUCAUACCAUGCCUGCUCAACAUCUGGGGCGUCAUGCUGUUUCUGCGGCUGUCGUGGGUCGUGGCCCAGGCCGGCAUCAUGCACAGCUGCAUCAUCAUCGGCAUAUCGGCGGCCGUCUGCGUCAUCACGACGCUCAGCCUGAGCGCCAUCAGCACCAACGGCGAAGUCAAAGGAGGGGGCAUCUACUUCAUAAUCUCGCGCUCGCUCGGGCCCGAAUUCGGCGCCUCGGUGGGCAUCGUGUUCGCCUUCGCCAACGCCGUCGCGGCCUCCAUGAACACGAUCGGCUUCGUGGACUCGCUGAACGAGCUGCUGAAGGAGCACGGCCUCAAGAUCAUCGACAACGGCGUGAACGACGUCCGGAUCAUCGGCAUCGUCGCCAUCAUCGUGAUGAUUCUCAUCUGCGCCGUCGGCAUGGAGUGGGAGUCCAAGGCCCAGAACUUCCUCGUGGCGAUCAUCGUUGGGGCGAUCUUCGACUUCAUCAUCGGCACGUGCAUCGGUCCGAAUGGCGCCUACGAGGCCGAGCAGCGCGCCAAGGGCUUCACCGGCUUCUCCGGCCAGGUGAUGAUGGACAACUGGAUGCCGGACUAUCGCUUCAACGAGGGCAAGAACCAGACCUUCUUCUCGGUCUUCGCCAUCUUCUUCCCGUCGGUCACGGGCAUCCAGGCCGGCGCCAACAUCUCGGGCGAUCUCAAGGACCCGGCGAGCAGCAUACCCUCGGGCACGCUCCUCGCGCUGCUCAUAUCCAUGGUCAGCUACGUGACCUUCGUGUUCUUCGCGGGCGGUGCAGCGGCGCGCGACGCGCCCGGCUGGGCCACGGCCGGCGCCGCCAAUCGCACCCUGGCCGAGUGCCUCGCCGCCCAGGACUGCCCCUACGGCCUGCACAACAGCUACUCGAUGAUGCAGGUCAUGUCGGUCUGGGGUCCCUUCAUCUACGCGGGCUGCUUCGCCGCCACCCUGUCGACCGCCCUGACGAAUCUGCUGUCGGUGCCGCGCCUCAUACAGGCCAUGGGCCAGGACUGCAUCUAUCCGGGCUUCAGCUUCUUCGCCAAGGGCUACGGCAAGCACGGCGAGCCCUAUCGCGGCUACGUCCUCACCUUCAUCGUCGCCGGCCUCUUUCUGCUCAUCGCCGAUCUGAACGCAGUGGCACCGCUGAUAUCGAACUUCUACCUGGCUUCCUACGCCCUCAUCAAUUUCUGCACGUUCCACGCGUCGCUCAUCAAGCCGCUCGGCUGGCGUCCGACCUUCAGGUACUACAACACUUGGGUCUCGCUGGUCGGCUUCUUCGCCUGCGUCGCCAUCAUGUUCCUCAUCGACUGGGCCACGUCCCUCGUUACCUUCGUCAUCAUAUUCGCCCUCUAUCUGAUCGUCGUUUAUCGCAAGCCCGACGUCAACUGGGGCAGCAGUACUCAGGCGCAGACCUACAAGACUGCCCUGUCCAUCGCGCUCAAGCUAAACUCCAUCGACGAUCACGUGAAGAAUUAUCGUCCGCAGAUACUCGCGCUCACUGGCGCGCCCAAGUCGAGGCCGGCUCUCGUGCACUUGGCCAGCCUGAUAACGCGCAACAAAUCGCUACUCAUUUGCGGCGAGAUCUACCCGACCCGCAUGUCGUACAAAGCCAGACAGAGCCACCUGACCAACGGCUACAACUGGUUCGACGACAACCAGCUCAAGUCGUUCUAUCACGUGGUCGAGGAGCUGUCGUUCGAGAAGGGCGCCUCGGCCAUGAUGCAGACCUGCGGCGUCGGCAAGCUGGCGCCCAACGUCCUCCUCAUGGGCUACAAGACCCACUGGAGCAGCUGCAGCUACAGCGAGCUCUCCGAGUAUUUCAACGUCUUGCACAAAGCGUUGGAUCACAAGCUGGCCGUGGCGAUAUUGCGCGUCGCCGAGGGCCUCGACUGCUCGAGCACGGGCAGCCAGGGCAGUGCCGAGGACGCCGCGGCCGAGCAGCAGCAGGCCUGCGCCGGCAACAAUCUCGUCCAGAGCAGCUACGACCUGGCGGGCAAUCAGCUGAUGCACGCCGACAGCGACCUGUCCAUGAACGGCCGCGGCAUCGCCCGCGUCCAGAGCGUCCCGACCAUAGGCACGCAUUACAUAGCACCCGAAGCCAACAAUCAGGCGGUGUCGGUCAAGGAUUCGCCGAUCAACGGCAAAACCACGACGACUACGACGACGACGACGAACAAUAAGGAGCAGAUAAAGCACAAACGAAGACACAUCGCCGAGAGACUCUUAUUGAAUCACAAGCCUAACGGAGCUCUACCCGCCGUACCGGAAGACACGUCAAUUUUCCAGAGGAAGCACAAAACUGGCGUUAUCGACGUUUGGUGGUUGUACGACGAUGGAGGUUUGACCGUCCUAUUGCCGUACAUAAUUAACAAUAGAUCGCAGUGGGAAAAUUGCCAAAUGAGAAUCUUCGCUUUGGGAAGUCAAAAACUCGACAUCACGGCGCAGGAAAAAGAAAUGGCGGAGAUAAUGUUGAAAUUCCGAAUAAAGUACACGAGCUUAAAGAUGGUCGAUGACAUAAGCGUCAUGCCGAAGGUGGAGACGCAAAAUUUCUUCGACAAAUUAAUAGCAGAUUUCCGCAACAACGACGAUAGUAAUAACGAAGACUGUAUAGUAACCGAAAACGAACUUAACACUCUGAGGGACAAGACGUUCAGGCAGCUGAGGCUCAGAGAAUUACUUUUAGAAAACUCAAGCGAUAGUACGCUGGUCGUAAUGUCGCUACCGAUGCCAAGAAAGGGCGCAGUGUCGGCGCCGCUCUACAUGGCGUGGCUGGAGUGCCUGACGCGCGACAUGCCGCCGACUCUACUCAUCAGGGGCAACAACACGUCGGUCCUGACCUUCUACUCGUAGUACUUCGUGCUCGUAGUACUUAGACUCGAUUCACAUUAAAACACACCUACACACGCCUCUAUACACGUGCAAAAAAGCAGAUUUUUUCAUCGUCACAUUUUUGAAUGAUAAUUAAAAAAAAAAAAAGAAAAAAAAAGAAAAAAAAGAAAGAAACUAACAAAAAACUCCACAAGUGCGAUUGCUAUGUAAAAGAUGCGAGUGCGUUACAUUUGCCGCGUGAUGUAUUAAUUAAUAUAGUUUGUAUUAUUACGGUGUGAAUUUUCUACUCGGUUGGGAUGAAUGAUUGUCGCGGUCUAUUACAGGCGAAAGUUCACACAUUAUACAUUUAUAACAUGUAACUCGUUGAUAGUCGCGUAACUCACUAAAUUAAGGAAAAAAAUAAUAAUACUUGAUCAAUAGUAAGUUAUAAUUGACGAGCGAACAUUGAGAUUCGACGAUUGACAUUUAUUAGUAGUUUGUUUGUAUUUUAUGUGUUACGCGUGAAUUUUUUAUACGAUACGUCGAAAACGCGCCUGUAAUAUAAUAAAACGGAAUAUUUUAAUGUAUAAAGAUAAAACGAAACAAAGAAAAAGACACGUAUUAUAUUACUGGCGUGAAUAUUAUAUUUUUAAUCAAGUGAAUUCGAUUCUCAAUACCGUUCUUACUUGUGUGUGUAUACUUUUCAAUCGAAUAUUUUAAGCUAAAAAUACAAUUGAUAAGCAAUUUGUUCAUUUUACAAGCGUAUAUUAUAUAUAUCUUUUAGCGAGCAGGUCUCGGCGCGAUCGAAAAGCAAAUUUAAUCAAACUCCAAGUAUGAGAAAAGAGAGAGAGAAAAAAAUUUAUAAUAUUUAUAAAACGCCAAAAGAUUAUUGUGUUAAGGUUUUGAAUGUAAUGACCUGGUUAUAGUAUUUUAGUAUGUAUGACGUUUCUUAGGACUCGACGAGGUGCAGUUGAAUGAUGCAGAAACUAUGAGUAAUGUGGGAUUGUAUCGAGGUCCUCGUAUACUGUUUCUCGAGCAACGUAUUUCAAAUCGGUCGAGCCUCGAUUGGUCAUUUUCAAUGAGGCUCCACCACGUGCUACUUACAAUUCUACAUAAAUAUAUAAUACAGAAAAUAUAGUUAACUCGUUUACUUUUACGUAUAAAAGCACAAAGUUACUCUAUAGAUAUCUAUGAACAAAUAUUCUAUAUUUUUCGGCGUUCUACAGUGUACUAUCUUCCCGUUACCGAAGCGAAUAUUAUAUAUAUAUAUCUCUGUAAAUUGAAAUUAUAAUGAGAUCAGUACGGAAUUUCGUCGAUCGUAUUUCCAGUAUCUGAUUUGGAUGAAUGAACAAAAACCUGAGAGAUACAACAAUUAACUCUAUAUCCGUGCGUUGCUUUCAUAAAGCAGCGUAAAAAUUUCUUUUACCAAUAUUACUAUAUACAUCAAUAUAUUUGAUCUUAGUACGUUGCCAUUUUAAAGUUGUAAAAAAAAACAUUACUAUAAACGCAUUGAUAUCAUUACAAAGAAUGGCAAAUCGAUCUUGUUAAACUAUAACGAUUUUUUGUUGUUGGAAGUAUAAGAUGAAAAAAAUAAUACAGGAUGCAUCAUUGCCGGUGAUAAUAUGUCAAUGCUCUCAAUGGCGAAUAUUUGUCCACGAGCAGUAUUUUUAUGUAAAGAAGAAAAAAUUAUUCAAAUAGAUUUUAAGAAUUGUAUGUAGUACUUUACAUUGUGUAGGUAUCCACGAUUAUAGUAAUUAUAGUUAUAGUAACAAUAAUAACGAUUGUAAAAUUGAAACUAUUUGAAAUAGAGAAUAAUGUACUAUGAUUUAAGAUAAUAAAGAAAAAUAAAUGGUUUUUUUAACAAUA